UUUGGCUGCUGCAGCCAGAAUGAAGAUCACCCCGAUAGAUCAGGGAGAGCCGUCAGUAGGAGCCGGUAUUGUUUCAACAACGAGAUCGUUGGUGAGACUCGGCACGCACUUCUCAUAGCUCAUCACAGCAGAGUCAUGAAGGACCAUACGAAAGAGGACACAAAAUCUGUCACCAUGACAACCAAGCAUGGACUGAUCACUGAUACCUUCAAGGUGGUGAAGAGGGCAAGGAAUGGGGUGAAUCAAAGGAAGAGGCCUCCCACUCCGCUGCAGAAAGAGCCUGAAAGUGAAGUGGCCCCCGAGGAGGAGCUGCAGAGACUCAGGCAGUUUGAUCUGAACUGGAGAUUUGGGCCGUGCACAGGUAUUAGCAGGCAGCAGAGAUGGGAGAGAGCAAAGCUCCAUGGUCUGAGCCCACCUGAGGAGGUCCGAGACCUGCUGCUGCAAACACAGACUGAUCCCAAGUCCAACCUGAGCCUAUGGAGUGAAUAUCCUUUGUGAGGAAGAUGUUGUAAGGAAGAAAAAAAGCCAAGUUAAUCAUGUUUCACGACAAAUCCCAAACAUGUUUCUUAGAGGGAUUUAUUUUGUAUCCUCAAGAGGUGAAACCUUAAGACAAGGAGAAGAGGAGGGGUCAGAUCAACGACAGAUAAUCCAGUCUGGGAUGUUCUCUUCUUGCAGUUGUACAAGGUUGUCCUCUCUAUGCAACGGUUGUAAUUUAAUUUUGUUAUAAAAAAAUAAAAAUAAAGAUUUUUACAAAGAAA